AUGAGGUGGAAGAAGCACGAAACAGACCCAACCGAAGAUAUAGAGGGAUUGUGCCCACGAGAGAUGUAUUGGGUGGAACAUACGGACAAGAGCAGUGAUAUCUUGUCCGAAAUGGAAAAGAAGUGGAAGAUUAGCAGCCUUAAAGUAAUGGCAAUUGGCAGAGUCAAUGAAGUAUAUACUGGCUAUCCUGUUAGUGGGACGGAUGAAGAUUCUAUUAAUAUAGAAACCGGCAUUCGUUACAAAUCUGAUAAGGAACUUGUAAGUAUUGGAACAGUUGAGACAAUAUCCCUUGAUUCUUGUGGGGAUUCGCAGUCGUUAAAGAACUUGAGAAGUUUUCCGGUGGGAACAAGGAAUUGUUACACCCUAACACCGGAGCAAGGCAAAAAUAAUAAUUAUUUGGUCAGGGCUUCAUUCUGUUAUGGGAAUUACGACGGCAAAAACAUUACCCCAAUAUUUGACCUAUAUCUUGGGCCUAAUCGGUGGGGCACAGUGAAAUCACAUGAUAUAGUUAAUUUUGCAAUUAUUCAUGUCCCCUCAACGGAUUACAUCGAUGUGUAUCUGGUGAAGACUGGCGAUGGGGUACCCUUCAUUUCAGCAUUGGAACUACGACGUUUGGACAAUUCCAUUUAUCAUAUUGAGGAUGGCGCGCUCGCAACCAUAAGGCGAUAUGACAUUGGCAUGGAAACAUCUGAAUCAAGUUUCAGGUAUCCAAUCGAUCCCUAUGAUCGUUACUGGAAUCCAUUGCUAUUUGAUAAUUGGACUCCAAUCACCACCGACUCAACCAUUUACAGCCAAGGCAAUGAUAACGCAUAUAAAUUACCAGCCAAGGUGUUGAGGACUGCUGCCAAAACACCAAACGCUAGCAUUCCAUUAAGCUUAUCCUGGUCUCCUCCAGAUUCUCUUUCUAAAUGUUAUGUUUACUUUCACUUUGCUGAGAUUGAGAAGCUUGGAGCCGGCCAGCAGAGGGUAUUGACAAUCAAUUUGAACGGUGAGCGCAACCUGGCAGAAUCCAUUAAACUUGAUUAUCUGAGGCCACUCACCAUAGUCCAAGAUGAUCCACCAAUUAGUGGCAGCCGGCUAUAUUUUUCAAUAAAUGCAGCAGAGGGAACUAAGUUUCCUCCAAUCCUCAACGCCGUUGAGAUUUUUGUGUUAAAAAAGCUUCCAAAUAAAACAACGGCCAUUGAUGAUGUUGAAGCUAUCAUGCAAAUCAAGGAACAGUACUCUGUGAUUAGAAACUGGCAAGGCGAUCCCUGCGUCCCAAUUGAAUACUCAUGGGAUGGUUUGAACUGCAGUAACGACAAUCCUCCAAAGAUCAUCUCAUUGAUAACAGCCAUGGGUUUACUAUACAUGUUAACUCUACGGUCAAAAGUGACUGUGCCAGUCACGAAUAGUUACUUCGUGACUGGCACAGUCAUGUUUGAUUGA